CUUUUCCAUGUGAUCCCGACAGUUGUCAUGGCGCUUUCACGUGAGUCUGACCGUUGCUAUGGCGUUGUGCUGUCCGGAAGCGGCUUGGAGGGAGCUGCAGGAGCCCGUUUUGGGCGGUGACUGGGAAUUCUUCUUGGAAAUCAGUGGCGGUAUUCGCAUUUACCGCAGGUGCUGCCAGGAAUCUAGUCUUUAUGAAUACAAAAUCUAUGGAGCCUUUCCAGAUUGUGAUCCAGAGUUGUUCGCAGAUGUGUACAUGGAUCUGGAGUAUAGGAAGCAAUGGGAUAGUUACGUGAAAGAACUCUGUGAGCAGGAGUAUAAUGGACAGAAAGUGAUUUACUGGGAAGUCAAGUACCCAUUUCUUUUGUCUAACCGUGAUUAUGUUUACAUUCGUGAGCGCCAUGACUUGGAUGUUGAUGGACGAAAGGUUUGGGUGAUUGUUGCCAAAUGUGUGCCUGGUUUACCAGUGAAAUCCAGUGUCAUCAGAGUGGAGGAUUAUCAUCAAACUGUGGCUCUGGAGAGUGAUGGUAAACAAGGCACCAAAGUGUUCAUGCAUUACUUCGAUAACCCUGGGGGUAUGAUCCCAACUUUCCUUGUUAACUGGGCAGCAAAGACUGGAGUGCCUUCCUUUCUGAAAGACAUGCAGAAAGCUUGUGCUAACUACUCUGAGUACUGCAAGAAAUCUGGGAAAUAAUCGCCAUGCUAUUGAUUCAGAUUUGAUACUCUGCAAGGAUGAGAAGAUUUGUCCCAACUUGAAAGACAUCUCACCUUUCUGCUAUAUUGUGAUUGGCUUGCAUUGUUUGACCAGUGGAAAAAUCAUUUAUCAAUAAGACUGUCUGCACUCACUACACUGUAUAUCAUUUUAUACUAUCCUCCUUAUCCAAUGAAUCCUUGGUAUCCCUAUCAUGGAGUGUAGAAGAAAAUGAAGUAAUGACCACCCAUAAACUACACUUUUAUAAGCGGGCAAAAGUUCUGCAGCCUUAAUCUUACCCACACAAUGAUUUUAAUGGGGACUGAUUUAAAAACAAAUGGCAGGUGUGGAGUUGAAGAGUUUCUUUGAGUGGAGCAGGAGAAAAUUGGCACUGCACUUUGAAUGUUGUUUGGAAUUGUGUUUUCCUGUCUGUUGGUAUUUGAUUGUUUUCCAUUAGCCAUGACUAGGAGACAGGUCCCCACUGCUAGAUUGAUGGUUGGGCUGUGCAUUAUAUGCAAAUCUUAAAUCAAGGCAACCAGAACAAAAUAUUAAUAAAUAUUGCUGACCCUUUCCUGGAUCUAAGUCUGAAGGUUUUCCGGGUGUUCUUUACUCCUGAGUUUCCACUUUGCUUCCACCCCUCUUUAUUUCUCUCAGGGAUUUAGUUGAUCCUGUUGUGUACUUGAGGCUCACAUAUGGUGAACAAUAUGGUUGACUGGAGCUCAGUGGCUUGCUAGUUGAAGAAGCUUUAGCUGUACUCAGUGAGGGAUUAUAAAAUGCCAGCUACUUAGGUCUAACUUACAGAUGUUGAAAGUAAACUUAUGCUUUGGGCAUUGGUGGGGGUGGGGGGGUGGUGAACCUAAUGCCAAUAUUCACUGCUCUUUAGUAUGUGGGAGCAUAAGCUGCUUUCUCAUUGAACUUGGUAUACAAGUUUAGAACUGAAUCAUAAUGUGCCACUCUGAAAUCAAUGCAACAGUUACUGAUUGGCUUCCAGCAGUUAUAGUAUAUCUGAAUCAGUGUAGAGGUGUGAGGGGCCUUGCCUUUUUAGUUUCAAUGUAUGGAAUCUAGUUUUCUGAAUGAGUACAGUGUCUCUCACAUAUUUCUUGAUGGACUGCACCUUGUUUUAAGUGAAAUUAUGAAUGUAAAUCUUGUGUUGUUCCUUCGUAUCUACCUAAAUUCUCUGCUUAUUACUCAUUGCUAUCAAAUAAGGCUUACUCUGGUUGGAACUUAACAGUGGAAGGUUUAGUAUGGUAUUUUCUAAAUUCCUGAAUGGCCUUUUCUGAAAUUGGACAUGAGCACAGCCUUUUAAGACAGCUGCUAACAUUUGGAUACUUAAUUCUCUCUCCCAGUGGUCAAAGGUGUUGCCUUUAUUCUUUGCAGUAUAUAGGGCCACACAUGAAGGCUAUAUGCUACCCUGUUGAUUUCCCCGUGGGUGCUGGCAUUCUUGACUGCAUGGCUAAGAAUGGAACUGUAAAUUUGUAACUUUCUCUUCAUGAUCUCAAUUCUUAAAACAGAUUGUUGCUAAUCUUUUUAUAAUCCUGAGAGGAUUUUUCUGCAUUCUUUUAAGCCCAGCCCAUCCUACAUCUUUAAGCCUUAGUAAUCCUGUUCACUUUCCCUUUUGUUACCCUUCUGUCCACUCCACGAUCAGACCCUGUUUAAAGCAAUCUCCUCUACUUCCUUGUGGCUGAUUGUAAGUGUUGCCUUGAUCCCUGGCUACUUCAAACUCUUACCCCAUUUUGCUCUUUCUAAAAUUAUGCCUUGACUGUGAUCCUGUUUUCUGUACAUUUUUUAAAUGUGCUGCAUCACCCAACCAAGAGAUAUGAAAUUCUUUUUUUUUAUUUCAGCAUUUCAUUCCACUAGUUUCCAACUUCCUAAUGUUUCUCUUGCAUCAUUAGCGUUUUGUGCUGAAUCUGUUCCUUUGUUUAGGCUGCCCAGUCAUGCAUUGUAUUUGUUUUCCUGAAGCUUCAAAAUUAAAACUUGAGUAAACAUUCUGUAAUCUUUGUUUGCUGUGGAUCUGAAUGGAAAUCUGAAUGAUGCAUCCCUCAGUGGUAAGAGGGGUAUCUCCCUUGUUUCAGCAGCUAGUGGCAGUGUGCCAGUUGGCUGAGAAGGUACUAGGAAGCUGAUAUCUGGUGCUGUGAUCUUUGACUUAUUUGGAACUUUAAAUAAAAUCAAAGUUUCUCUUGCAACAAAACUUCCACUUUUUUACAUCGUGUUCAGUUCAAAAAUGUUUCAAGGUGCACUGCAAUGGCCAUUCUCGGACAGAAUUGAAUGUUCAGCUGCAUCCAGUGUCCAUUAUGUUCAAAACCUUGGCCAAAUUUCCAGGUUUUUGUGGGAUGACUUAAGGAGCAGAGAGAGGUCCACAGGAAAUUCAAGUGCUUGAAGUAUAACAACUGCAGAUCUGGGCUGCAAGGGUGGAGUGCAGGAAGCUGGAGAUGAGCAAGGAACCAGGAUUGAAAGUGUGCCAGCCCCUGAGGGUGAUAGAAGUGGGGGAGAUCAUCGGAGAGGAAAGAUGAAAAAAAACUUGAGCACCAGAAUGGACAAAGCUACACAAGUGUAAUAUGUAACAUCAACUGAGGGGACAAAUGGAGUAUGAGUGAACCAGCGGAGCUCUAAGUAAAGUUUUGGUUUUACUUAAGGCAGGAGACAGGUGAGUUGGAAGGAAGGUAUACUACAUGGGAUAAAGAAGCAGCAAUGAAAGGAUGUUUAAAAAUUAAGCUGCACAUGUAUUUAAUUAAACUGCAAUGACAUGAAUAAGUAGAAACUUGGGACGAAAGGAAGCUUAAGAAUUGAUUAGAGCAGAAUGUAAUUGUACGUACUAACUCUAACUCAUACACUGGAACACCUAGAUGGCUUUGCAACUCAAAAUUCUGCAGUUGUUACCAUUUAAAUAAUACUCCCCCUUUUCUAUGCUUCCUGUCAAAAUGAGCAAUGCUACACUUUGAUUUUUUUUUUGGGUUUUGUUCAUGUUCAUAACCUAUGAAUUUACAUCAUCCUCAUAGCAUACUUUCUUCUGUAUUUUUGUCACCUGCUUGUUUAGCUACCAUGUCUUUGAUUCCUUUAUUCUUCAGCUGUGUCCCCUAUUCUAGUCUCCUUAAGAGGAAAAAUUCUCCUCAAUUGCAUUCAGGAUCUUGAAUGUACAACAAGAUUGUGCCUUAGGGCCAACCUGUUCAGUCUUUGUUCAAAAAGUAAAUAUUUCAGGAAUGAUUGCACAGGACUCCAAAUAUGCUCUCAUAAAGGUCCAGUACAACUGCAGUAACAUUUCUCUACUCUUGUAUUCUAUUUCCCUUGUAAUAAACACCCACUUUUUG